AUGGUCCUUGGCCGGCUACUGCUCCUGCUGAUGGCUCUGUCCCCGGGCACGGCGGGCACCAAGGACUGCUACUUCUGCGAGGUGACGGACUCGCGGUACUGCCCCGGCACCCACAUGACCUGCGGGGAAGAGGAGGACUGCUUCACCGGCUUCGGGGUCGCCCCCGGGGUGGGCGCCAUCACCAACAAGGGCUGCGUGCGCGUCACCUCCUGCGGCCACGAGCAGCCCGUCAGCUACAUGGGCGUCACCUACACCCUCGUCACCACCUGCUGCGUUGGCAACCUGUGCAACACGGCCUCGCGGCCCACGGGCGUGCGGAUGGCGGGGGCCGCCACCGGCCUGGCGCUGGGCUGGCUGCUGCUGCUGCAGUGA